AGCCACUUCCGGUUUGGUAUUGGCGAAGAAACGGUUAUCACAGCCGGAAGCGGUGAUCGCCAUGACAACGUGUCAACAAUAACUGAAGUUUUGAGAGAAGACAGGAGCAGGGCACAAGCAUGCCGGAAAGUAUGGUUGAGUCGCUUAGUUCCAGUAGCUCUAAUCGGACUAAGUCCUGGAGGUACCGCACCAAGGCACUGUACUCACAAGUGGAUGAGAGUCUUUUUGGUGAGAAGCAACAUCCGAAAGACAACAGCCCAGUUGCGCAGAGAAAUGAAAGCAACAGUCGAAAAGCAGUAUCAGCACCAUCCAUGGCCCGCAAGCCAGAGACCUUACGCAUAAUUACAAGUGACCUUAUUCGAGAUCUUGUGGUUCCCUCGGAGGAUCCAUCUGGAUUGUCCCUAAUAAUGCCUUCCAAGGAAUUCCACCGCAUAAAAUCAGCUGCUCGUGUGCUGACAAAGGAAGAGCGAGAGAGAGCAAUACAGUCGUUGAGAGAAGAAAAAGAGGCUGUCAUUGAAGCUGUUAAUGAGAGAAAGAAUUUCAUGAAGCAAAAGGAAAUGCUUCGCAAGAAGAAUCAGAAGCUGACUGAGCUGGAAGAGGAAGCCCAGAAGAGGGCGCAGUAUCUCCUGGAACGUGCCAACACACUGCGAAUGGAACAGGAGGAUGAAGUAAAAACACUCAAUGAGUCAAUUCUGAAUGCGAAGUGUCAUGCCAUACGUGAUGCUCAGCUUCUUGAGAAGAAGAUGAUCUCUAAAGAAAUGACAGAAGAAGAAAAAAGACUGGAUCAAAUGAUGGAGGUGGAACGGCAAAAAGCAAUUAAAAUGCAGGAAGAGAUUGAGGAGAAGAGGAAGCAGGAGAGGAUACAAGGAAGGCAACGUAUUAUUGAACAGAUUGGAGAAAAUUCAAAGACCAGGAUGCUUCUGGAGGAAGAGAGAGACCAGGAGGCCCAGCAGAUGAUGCAGUAUCUAGAGGAACUUCAAAUGCAGGAGUACAAGGAGCUCGAGAAAAAACGCCAAGAGCAGCUUCAAAUCCAGGCAGAGAUCCAGCGCAUUAAUGCAGAAAACGAGAAGAAGAAGCUAGAAAAAAAGCAACAGGAGAAGCUGAUAGACCUGGGCAUCUUGGAAUACACAAAACAGAAAAUGGCACGAGAAGCGGAAUAUGAGGCUGAGCAAGAACAGUUAAAAAAAAAGAAAGAAAAGGAAGUUGCCCGUUUACGUGCUUUACAGGAAAGAGCCAGAGACCAUCGUGCAGAACAGGAUGCCUUGAGAGCAAAAAGAAAUCAGGAAGCCAUUGAAAGAGCAUGGCGACAAAAGGAAAUGGAAGAGGUGCGGAAGGAGGCAGAGAUCAAUGCCAUGCUUAGGCACGCACGCCUGGAACAGGUGGCACAGAAGGAACAUUUUCUGGCCGUUCAGGCGCAACGGGACCGUGCAGAAUUUGAUAGGGUGCUAAGGGCGCAGCAGGAAUUGAAUGAGAGGGAACGCAAGGACCUGGAAGAGAAGAAUUCCCAGCUGAUAAAACAUGCAGCAGAGCUGAGGCGCCAAGUGCGCGAGAAUGAACAGAAGCAGGUCUUGAGCCGCAUUGCGUUUUUUGAUGAAGGUGUAAAGCUGGUUCAGGAAGCCAAUCAGCGCAGAGCACGUCUGGAUGAACUCAAGAAGAAAAAACUUGAUGAGCUGAAAAUGGCUGGUCUUCCUGACAAAUACUGCACAAUGGUGGAGCGGAAAGCUGAUCUUACAACUUAGUUACAGACUAAGCAAGAAAAACAAAUUCUUAUAUCAAGCUAAGCUGGACCAACUUGCAAAGCUUUGUUUGUUGAAAAUAUUGCUUGUGUUUAAAAUUUACUUACAAUAAAUGUAUUAAUAAAAACAUUAAUGCAGGCA